GCCGCUAUGUAUACAAUUUUCCAUCAGUGGUUCGCCUGGUUUCGUAUUUUAUUGUCGGAUUGAGGCUUCGCUUGCAUUUCAAAAACCGAAACGAACAGUUUUUUUUUCCGUUCUGCUGCUACCACCAGACAGUUUUCAGUCAGCUUUUGUCGAGUGUGCACCGUGUACUCGAUACUGUCGUAUUUUAUCUAUCGUUCGUUCCGUUCGGUGUGUAUUGUUCCGAGCGUAUGGUUUACGAUACACUUCAGAGUACAGAGACCAGAGAAAGAGAGCAUCAUCACAUCGUUUGACGCAUCGGCGCCGUUCAAUUGGAUUUUGUGUUCGUCGUUUCGUUAGAUUUUCAUGAUAAAUUAUUUUAAAUGUGAAGUUCGCUGCUCAAGAGAAAUAACGAAGAAAAUAAAUAGCAGCAACAACGACGCUGUGAAAAGUUUUUGUUUUUGGCAACUUGCACUAUUUUUCGUGAUAAAUCAUUUUGAGCGUGGUCAGAACGAGCAAUCGAUAGCUAUCGAGCAUUGCUAUUAAGGCGAUCUCGAUUUCAUGUGAAAAAAGAACGAGAAUCAUAUCGGUUUUCUCUUUGUUCGAUGACGACCACUACGACAACGAACAACAACAUAUUUAUCUGUGCUGAGCCAAUACACAAGUGCUAAUUGGCAAACAAUUUCUCGUGAGUGGAAGUAGCAAAACGGCUUCGAAUGUGGGAUAGCAUUCUAACUGAAAUACAACACAGUUCGAACGGAGUAAAUUACCAAACAACUGAAUAUAUUUGUGUUUAUGCAUCGAAAAAAAAAAACAAACGCCAAUAGCAAAUCUGAUCAAAUUGCAAACGAAAAGUGCAGACAAGAAAGAAAAAACCAUUGCAAUAAAACAAAAUAUUUGGAAGGCAUCAAAACAGUUACACGGGGAAUACGUGGAAUAAAAGUGCAAACGUGGUGAAAAUGUGCAUGAAAAACAAAUCAAAAUUCUAGACGUUAUUUUGUGGAAUUUUAGAAGUGUAUACCGCAUUGAAAGUGUUUAUAUUUACUUGGGUGCCGUCUGCUGUUUACUUGUGUGUAUGCGUGUUGUCGUUCUCUUCAAUCCAAACUAACUACAUGACAGCAUAAAACACUGUGGCGAUAGAUAGAGAGUGAAGCGGGAGCGUGUUGUAGAUGGGAAUACAAAAAGUUGCCCCAAAAUGUAAACAACGGCAGUUGAGCUCUAAAAUUCUAGAUAUUGUACAUAUAGAGCACAUUCACAAGUUCGGGUGUGUAAACAGCCAAAGUAAAUAUUGAAAUUGACGAGCGGCAGAAACAGAGAGCUGCAUAGUCAGAACGAGUGAAACGACAAAACUGACGAGCCAACAACAUUGUGAAAAUACACAAACGCCCCAAUAAAAAAAAAAAGGGUACAAGUGUGACAGAGAUAGACUGAGACAGUGCAAAGCAAUUAUUUGUUCAGAUUCAGUGUUUUAUUCACUCUCCAUAUAUAUAUAUAUAUCUGCGUAUAUUUUCUCUCUCUCCAUUGGAUUGUCAAUUCGCUGGAAAUAUUCCGGCGUAUAGAGAGGCAGCGUGUGUGUUAGUUUUUGUUUUCAAUAUUAUUCGUUAUAUGUUUACCUUUGUUGUCAUUGUUACAAAUUGAACGGUGAAUGUGAAUGACACAUUAUUUCAAAGACGACGAUAAAGACGUGGUGAACAACGGUACCGGCACCAACACCGAUCAGCGCAACAUGUAUCCAAAUUCAGGAAUUAACGCAGCCGCAGCUGUUGCAGCUAGUAGACAUCCGGGACCGCCACAACCGACCCAGCCAUACAAAUUCACCAUAUUGGAAAAUUGUGAUCGAAUCAAAGAAGAGUUCAACUUCUUACAAACACAGUACCACAGCAUCAAAAUGGACUUGGAAAAAUUGGCCCAAGAGAAAACGGAGAUGCAAAGGCACUAUGUUAUGUAUUACGAAAUGUCGUAUGGCUUAAAUGUUGAAAUGCACAAACAGACGGAGAUAUCGAAACGCUUAAAUGCUAUUAUAGUACAAAUUGUACCUUUCCUGCAAGGUGAACACCAGCAGCAAGUGUUGACAGCCGUUGAUCGAGCUAAACAAAUUACAAUGACUGAAUUGAACGCUGUUAUUGGGCAACGACCGGAUUUGCCACGUCUUCUACAGCAUAUGCAAGCUCAGCAAAUGCCUGUGGGACAUGCACCACCGAUUCCGCUAAAUAUGCCACAUCCUGGCCUUCCUCCAGGCGCAUUAGCCGCACCACCACAACAUCCACUUGCCAUGCUCGGCAAAUCAGAGCUGCAUCGACCAGAUGAUGCAAAAAGCACAAGCGGCCUAAGUGCAAAUGAAGAACGACACAGAAAUUCCAUUUCACCAUCCGAUCGAGAUAAAUAUCGGCCACGAUCUCCCGUUGAACAAAUGGAUAUGAAAAAAACCAAGAAAGACGACAAAGAUAUGGGACAUCAAUCCGAUGGUGAGAAAUCCGAUCAGGAUUUAGUCGUUGACGAUGCAUCAGAAAGUGCAAUGAGCCCAAUGCCAAAUGCUCACAACAGCAACGGUGGAACACAUUCACCGCGUGAAAAUGGCCUACUGCUAAAGAAAAUGGAACAUCCCGAUAGACUAGGUCCACAUUCACCACGAUCGGGUACAUCGUCAAACGCUUCGACACCUUCAAAUAAGAAAAUGGAAGAGAAACCAUCGACACCGUUGUCAAAAUCAGUGACACCAACCAAUUCGAAUGGAACAAACGGUGACAAAAGUUUGCCAAAACCACCAGUCUUGAAUCCAAACUAUCCGCAUCCGUACUUGCCAGGUGUUCCACCAGAAUUGCAGGGUGCAUACCCGCCUGGUCCAGUUCCUCCACCGAAUUUACCUGCUGGAUACCCAAGACCGCCAUUGCAAAUGGGGUUUGAUGCACAUCCACAAAUGCGAGCACCACCUCUGGCUCCGUCUGCACUUGGAAUGCUGCCCAGUGGAAAAGCUGCAUAUUCAUUCCAUGUUGGAGGUGACAAUCAGUUGCAACCGGUGCCCUUUCCGCCAGAUGCAUUGAUUGGGCCGGGAAUUCCACGACAUGCUCGACAAAUAAACACACUCGCCCAUGGUGAAGUCGUUUGCGCUGUAACGAUCUCCAAUCCAACAAAAUACGUUUAUACCGGUGGCAAAGGAUGUGUCAAAGCUUGGGAUAUCUCACAACCGAACAACAAAAAUCCAGUCAGUCAACUAGACUGUCUGCAGCGAGACAAUUACAUUCGAUCGGUGAAAUUGUUGCCGGAUGGUCGAACGCUGAUUGUUGGUGGUGAAGCGUCGAAUUUAUCAAUUUGGGAUUUGGCCUCUCCCACGCCGCGCAUCAAAGCUGAACUAACAUCAAGUGCACCCGCCUGUUACGCUUUAGCCAUAUCGCCUGACUCAAAAGUGUGCUUCUCAUGCUGUUCAGAUGGUAACAUUGCCGUAUGGGAUUUGCACAAUCAAGCAUUGGUUCGACAAUUCCAAGGACACACAGACGGUGCAUCGUGUAUUGAUAUCAGUGCGGAUGGCACGAAACUUUGGACUGGUGGCUUGGAUAAUACAGUACGUUCAUGGGAUCUCCGAGAGGGUAGACAGUUGCAGCAACACGAUUUUGGCUCACAAAUCUUCUCACUUGGCUAUUGUCCGACUGGCGAAUGGUUGGCUGUCGGUAUGGAGAAUUCCAACGUAGAAGUGAUGCACGCUAACAAACCGGAGAAGUAUCAACUGCAUUUGCACGAAAGCUGUGUGCUCAGUUUGAAAUUUGCUGCCUGUGGUAAAUGGUUCGUGUCGACCGGAAAGGACAAUCUAUUAAACGCUUGGCGAACACCCUAUGGUGCAUCAAUAUUCCAGUCGAAGGAAUCAUCGUCGGUGCUCAGUUGCGACAUUUCAGCUGAUGACAAGUACAUCGUUACUGGUUCCGGCGAUAAGAAAGCAACCGUUUACGAGGUUAUCUAUUAGACACAUCAGAAUUGACAUAGAAAAAAAAACACAUGUAAUUUGGUGGCCAUUUCGACAUUAUAUCGAUCUAAUUGAUAUAUAACACGAUCAGGAAUUUAACUCAUUAUUUGCAACAACAACAACAAAAACAAAAAACAACCAACUGAAUCGAUUUAGUUUUACUUAAAGACAAUUUUAUUCCAAUCACAUUUUGCUUUUAAAAUAAAAAAAAAAGUUAAAUGCUUAGAUUCGUGCGGCAAUCUCAAAUAGAUGCAAUUUCCCUUGAUUUAUUAAUAAAAAAAAACCAUUACAUCCAUCUUCGUAGACAGCGAAUAGACAUAUGUUCGCAAAAAAAAAAACAAAACGCUAUUUGACAUUGUAACAAAAUAAAGAAAUUGUAUCCUUAGACUUAACUUUAAUCAUAAGAAAUCUUUAUUAUUGUGAAGUAACAAUGUAAGAAGAAAUCUUCAGUUAGAAGCUCUAGAUUGUUGUUCAAACAUUUAAGAAAAAAAAUAAUAAGAAGAAGUACGAAGAGAAGAGAUGAAGAGGAAAAAACAGUUAAAAUACAAGCUGAUUCGAAAAAAGCACAUAAAUGUUACAAAAAGUGUAAUCAAUAAAAGUGAUGAUGCUUCAUUUCAUAUUUUCA